AUGGCUCGUCUAUCAAUGGUAUCGAUCGGUCAACAUACGGGAGAACUUGUUGUAGUUAGAAUUGGUAACAAACGUAAAUGGAAAGUCAUAGGAUUUGUUUUAGCUGGUAUUGCUUUUCUAUUAGUUACCAUUAUUAUAGCUAUGGUUACUACUCGGCUUCUAUCAUCUAAGUCGAGUGAUAAAUUAAUAACAAAUACAGCUGCGAAUAACAUCAGUACCACUGUGAAUAUAACAACAACAGAAAUAAAUUUUAUUGAUAAAAAUACAACUUUAUUAGAAGAUCAAACAACUACAACUUCAUUUAAUUUUGGUAUACUUAUACCAACUACGACUAAACCCAAUGGUAAUGUUACCUUUACACCGGCCCUUAUAUCCGAAUUUUUUGGAUACGACGAAUCUGCUGGUCUUUCGCUUAGUAAUUCUAUCUAUUAUAAUGUCCCACAUAUAACUUACGUACAAGGAUACGUAGUUAGUGUUAGUCUACGUCUUUUUACUAGUUGGGAAGGCGAUGAUCCACUUUAUAUUUUUGCUAUAUCAAAGUAUCUUAUUACUCAUCAAAUAGCAUAUCGUUAUCCUAUUGUUCCAGAAAGAAACAAUACAGAAUGGCAAACAAUCGAAAUUCCGUUUGGUGAAUUUCGUCUGUUUCUUCACGAUCAUUUAGCUAUUGGUAUGCAAAGUUUUAGUGAAACAAAUCAAAUUUAUUCUGUACGAUCGGUUUUCUCAAUACAUGGAAAAAAUGUUACAAAUACUACAACACAUGUUUUUCCACAAACGACAACAGGCUUCUACGGUGCUGCAUACACUUUUACUGUUGUUGAAGAUCGAGGAUUUGAAUGA